CUGCUAGUGCUCUAUCAAGGUAUCUGUUAGAAAAUCAGAGUGAAACGUAAAAGGCCAAGCUCAUCACCUAAAGUACCUCGCCGAGAGAGCCAGAUAGGCGCACAAUGGAGAAAGCGGUAGCAGAGCUAGAGCGAGUUCAAACCCAGAUCCUCCGGCGUAUAUCAAAACUAGAGCUCUCUUUUUUGCCCCAGGACCUCUCUACGGCCCUCCCUGUCCCUGUUCACGCAGUCUGCGACACCGAAGCUCGCCUCUCCGCCAUCCUCCGAACGAACGGCGUAAACGACUUCUCCUUCAAGAAGGUCCCCUCCAAUUACUACGACUGGCCCCUCGACUCCCGGCGAGACUCCCUCGGCGCCGCGUCGGUCGACCAUCUCUGCAAAAGCAUCGUCCUGGUUAACACUCAAGCCCAGUCGAAUGUUAUUGAUUGUAGUGAUCGAAACAAUUCAAAGUAUUAUGUUGUUGUCGUUCAGUAUACUGCUCGAUUCAAUGCUGAAACUGUUAAAAACUUUCUGUAUUCGCUCAACGAUGGCAAGAUAGCUAAAAAGAAAUUCAACUUGAGGCUUGCCCCUGAGGAGACAUCAGGGAAUUUAACUGGAUAUGAGCACAAUGCAGUGACAUGUAUUGGCAUGAAAACAGACAUUCCGCCAUGCAGCUGGUGUUUUCAAUCAGGAUUCCAACAUAUUUUGGUCGGAAAAUUGAGUGUUCUCCAUGUUCAAUAUGUGAAGGCUAGGAUCCUUUGUGCAAGUUUUGGAAUACAAAUGGUGGUCCAUUCCAUUGGGUGACUAUCAAUGAUUUUCUGUCAGUCUGCUCCAUCUACAAGAGUGGGUUGUUUACAAGGAAUCAGCUAGCUAGGUACUCUGGCAGCAAUGGACCUCACUUACAUGUUUGCGAAUAAUUUUUGUUGGAGGCAUGAUAUAUUUUUUGAAAUUAGCACCUAGAAAAUACUUGAAGUUGAAUGAAUGCCCUCUGGUAAUGAAAUGAAUACCUCGUGUCACAGGCACAAUAACAUAUCACAAAUGAGAAAUGCUACGGGUACCAAUUAAUCAGCUCCACGUCAGUUUGGUACCCGUAGUAGUUUUCAUCACAAAUUAGAAAGGAAAGAAAAGAAAUGAAAAU